AUGGCGGCCGCGUUAAGAUGGCCACUUGUCGUGUGCGUGUUAGGAUUGUUUUGCUUUCAAACAAUACAUUCUUCUCAGGAGGUGCUUCACAAGAUGACUGCAAGCUUCUCCAAAACUGUCGAGCAGUGUAAGAAUGAAUUGAACGUCGGAGAUAACAUAUUGCAAGACCUAUACAACUUCUGGAAGGAGGAAUACCAGCUGAUCAACCGCGAGCUGGGCUGCGUCAUCAUGUGCAUGGCCGCCAAGCUGGACCUGAUCCAAGUGGACGAGUACAAGAUGCAUCAUGCCAAUGCGCAUGACUUUGCCAAGCAACAUGGUGCUGAUGACGAGUUGGCCAAGCAACUGGUGACCAUGAUCCACGACUGCGAGAAGCAGUACGCAGACAACAGCGACCACUGCGCCCGCACCCUGGACGUGGCUAAAUGCUUCCGUACCAAGAUUCACGGCCUUAAGUGGGCUCCCGACAUGGAGGUAGUUCUGGAAGAAAUUAUGGCGGAGGCUUCAUCAUCGUAAAUAAAGAAAGACAAAUACGAUGGGUUCGGAAGGGUAUAAGAUAAGGAAGUAUUGGAUUUGAUCGUGAUAUUUGUAACAUCAGAUAUGAAAGGUAUUGUGAAGGAUAAGU